AUGGCGUCCACCGACUCAAGUACGGCUCUAUUUGAGCAAACGAAAGCCCUCCUCACCACCUUCGCCCAACAUCCCCUCGAAUCCACUCGCCUCGUCUCGUCCAUCCCAGUCCGGGACCUCUCGCACCUCUCGCACCGCCAGAACGACACAGAGAACUAUACGCGCUGGACACAGGGCGCGACGGAUGUCACGGCUGUGACGGGCGUGAGUGAGGAUGGGUUGGUCAUGGAUUCGGCCGAUAGGGAGAGGAUUGGGGAGGAUUUGAGGUUGUUCAAGGAAUACAUCUCGAACCUCAAGUUUGCCUACCUCGAGUCGUGCGCCAAGCUCGAGUUCGUGAACCACAUUCUCGACGCCGACGGUUACAAGCCUGUCUUGAAGGAGGAGAACGACCAACUCGAGGAGAAGCGUGCGCAGGCAAAGGCGGCGUUAAAGGAGCGGAAGCAGCGCGUGAACGAGCUCGAGGCGCUCAUCCGUUCCGAGGCUGAAGCGCUUGACCAGGAGCUGCAGCGACGAACGCAAGAGGCGGAGCAUGCGGAUCGCUUGAUGAGAGAGUGCGAGGCGAUGGAGACGGAGAUUGCCAUGUUGAAGAACAAGCGGUCUCCGACCGAGCGCCUCACGACCGACCAAAUCGCCCAAACGCUCGAAGCGCAAGAACUCGAGCUAGUCCAGAUCGGCCAGCGGACGAAGCAGUGCGACGACGAGAUGAAGACGCUCAAGCCGCGCAUCAAGGCGAGCAAGAUCAGUAUUGAGCGGUAUUCGAACACGGCGAAGCAGUUGAGGAGGGAGCAGGAGGAGAGGGAUGCGAAGGGCGUGCAGGAUGAGCGGGCUGAGAAGGGAUGCGAGUGGGUUGACACAACCACCGCGCUGUACAAGUCCCUCCUCGGCAUCCACAACGCCUACGCAGUCGGCUCGCCUCCGUCCGCACUCAUCUUCGAGUACGGCAGUGCGCAGGCGGAGAAGGGAGACCUGCGGCGACUGAGCGUCGAGAUGGGUCUGGAUGGCAAGAUGGUCGAUGCGAAGAUCCUCGACUCGUCGGACGACAUCUCGGACAUCGUGCAGGCGCACCUCGCCUCGCAGGACAUCCGCGCGCUCGUCCAGCAAGUCCGCACUCGCUUCGGCUGGUAA